UUCUUUCUGGCCCCUUCACUAAGAUACGUCCAGAAAACUCACCAAAAAACAACCAAACUCAAUUCAACACAUUGCUCAUAUCUUGCACGCAAACCCUUCUUCUUUUUCUUCUUUACUCCAUUAAAUAUAAUAUUAGUCCCUUCACAUGAAAAAAUUCAUUAGCUCAGCUCAAUUUCAUCACAUUAACCCAAUGGCUUCUUCUCUAUUAUACUCUCCACCACCAACUCCUCAAAUUCUUUCACUUUCUUCUUCCUUUCAUUCUUCUCUCCCUACUAAAACCCAAUUUUUUUAUCAAAGUAAAAGAAGAAAAAGAAGGCCAAUUUCAACUCCUCUUAGAGUAGCUUCACCCCCAACAACACCUUCCACUAACACCACUAAUGAUAUUGAUGAAGUAAAUACACAAGAUGAUGAACAAGAUUCAUCCUCAAAAUUCUCUUGGAGAGAUCAUUGGUACCCAGUUUCUUUAGUUGAAGAUCUUGACCCUAAUUCACCUACCCCGUUUCAGCUCCUCAAUCGAGACUUAGUUCUCUGGUUUGAUAAAUCUAACUCUCAGUGGGUUGCUUUUGAUGACAAAUGCCCUCAUCGCCUUGCUCCUUUAUCAGAAGGGAGAAUAGAUGAAAAUGGGGAUUUGCAGUGUUCAUAUCAUGGAUGGUCAUUUAAUGGAUGUGGAUCUUGUACAAGGAUACCUCAGGCUGCAUCUGAAGGACCUGAAGCUAAAGCUGUUCAAUCUCCAAGGGCAUGUGCUACUAGAUUUCCUACUAUGGUUUCUCAAGGAUUACUCUUUGUUUGGCCUGAUGAGAAUGCUUGGGAGAGAGCUCAAGAAACUAAAGCCCCUAUGUUGCCUGAAGAUUUUGAUAAGCCUGAGUUUGCAACAGUGACAAUUCAGCGCGAUUUGUUUUAUGGCUAUGAUACUCUCAUGGAGAAUGUCUCUGAUCCUUCUCACAUCGAGUUUGCGCAUCACAAGGUUACUGGAAGGCGAGAUAGAGCCAAGCCCUUGCCAUUUAAGAUGGAGGCAUCUGGACCGUGGGGUUUUGCAGGUGCAAACAAUGAUAAACCAAAAAUUACUGCAAAGUUUGUUGCACCUUGUUACUCCAUGAAUAAAAUAGAGAUUGACACAAAGCUUCCAAUCGUCGGUGAUCAGAAGUGGGUUAUAUGGAUUUGUUCUUUUAAUGUACCAAUGGCACCUGGAAAGACCCGAUCAAUUGUUUGUAGUGCUCGAAACUUCUUCCAGUUUACAGUGCCUGGGCCUGCUUGGUGGCAGGUUUUUCCUAGAUGGCAAGAACACUGGACUUCGAAUAAGGUGUAUGAUGGGGAUAUGAUUGUUCUUCAAGGGCAAGAGAAGAUCUUUCUUGCAAAGUCAAAGGAGAAUUCUACUGAUGUCAACAAGGAGUACACAAAACUCACAUUUACACCCACUCAAGCUGAUCGCUUCGUCUUGGCAUUUCGAAAUUGGCUUAGACGGCAUGGCAAUAGUCAACCUGAAUGGUUUGGUAACGUAGACCAACCACCAUUGCCAUCUACAGUCUUAUCCAAACGCCAGAUGAUGGAUAGAUUCGAGCAACAUACACUCAAGUGUUCAUCUUGCAGAAAUGCUUACUACACAUUCGAGAGAUUGCAAAAGAUUCUGAUUGGCGCCGUAGUGGUGUUCUGCGCAACUGCAGGUAUUCCUUCUGAUAUCAAGCUGCGUGUUAUCUUGGCUUCAUUUGCAGUUUUAAGUGCCGGAUUGGCAUACGCCCUCCACGAACUGCAGAAGAAUUUUGUAUUUGUUGAUUAUGUACAUGCAGAAAUUGAUUAAAAGUGAUAAGAGGGUCCUGCUAAUCUCGACACCCCUAAACUUGUUCUUUCUACUAUAGGAAUUAGAACUGUAGCUGCAGAUACAAAAUCGAAUACUGCAGAGUAUAUCAUUCUUAUACAUGUAUAUAUCAAUGAGAUUUGUAGAGAUUUAUACAGGAAAUUUUUGCUCAUUCUUCUUAA